AUGGGAUGGAUUUCGAAUCUCCAGCAAUACCCAAGGAAAAACAACCGGUUACCAUACUCAUUAAACGGGUAUAAAGAAUCCGUGUCUCACGAAGAGACUAUUGUCACCAGCCCAAUUCCCAUAAGUCAAAUAUCAAUCCUUCAGCUACUACAUACCUUGAUAUCCCAUAUUCCCUAUGGCAUUGCGCGUUACGGUCUUCCUCUCGGGGGCUAUUACAAGGAUUCUUAG